AUGAAGUCCACCCUGGCUUUCAGGAGGUCCGUCCAACGGCUGAGAACGUCUCCCGACCAAAGCCCUCUCAAGCUGCCGCAGCCCAUCAACACCACCGGCAUCUCAACGCCAUCCAUGGACAGCCACGACACCACCAUCUUGUCUGACGACUCCCAGUUUGAGAAGCACAGAGAAGUCAUCCGCGGUCGCAUUGCCGCAGCCACCGCGACGCCGCCCAAGAAGCUGACCAAGCGAGCUCGCUCUCCAAGCAAGUGGAAGCUCUUUAGCAGAUCUCGGAGCCAGCCCAACAAGAAGGAGCCCGAGCCCGUUCCCGUUGCUGCCACCGUCAAGGUGGUCCAGCAUAAGCCGGCCGCCUUUUACACAAUGAUGGACGGCUCUGAGCAAGAAGACUCUGGACCGCCAGAUGUUGAGGAGAUUCUCCGCGAGGCAGCCGUCUUUGACCUGCCAUCGCCACCGCCGAUUAAGGAGACAGUCAAGGAGCGACGGGCUUCGACCACAAGCCAGGACCAAAGGAGGGAGUCGCUGUCGAGGCUCACGCAGCCGACAAAGUCAUCACAGGCGCGCAGGAACUCUGCCUCUGCCAAGCCGACUUCCACGUCCAUCCCUGCCAUCCGCUCCAUGAAGACGCAGGCUUCGCAGUCCAGUGCCGCCAAGCCAGCCGAACGCCCCAGUCGUUUGCCUCAAGUCGGGCGCAUCCCAAAGGUAGUCACCUCUCGGCCCGAGCACACGUCGUCGAGGAGUUUCUCGCGCCCAUUCAACAGGAUCAGCAUGAGCAUGCCGCCGGACGAUGCAGGCUUCAACCCCGACUUUGUCGCCUCUGGCCCGACCCCGGAGCUGUCUACCCCGGAGCUCUCCCGCGGCGAGUCGGCUGCCACCACCGCAACCAGUGUCGAGACUAACUCAGAUCCCCGUUCGUCCAUUGUUCCCCUCAAGACGCCUGAGAUGGUCCAGAUCGGCCGCGAGUUCCUCGCCUUCUCUCCCCGAAAGAACUCUGAGUGCACCACGAGCACUUCUUCCAGCGGCGGGAUGUACACCAUGGCUGACGCCCUUGCUUACAUUCCGGACCCCAAUGCUCCCCUCGUGGAAGAUGAGAUCUGGGACGAGUACAACGAUCUCAUCGGCGAAGUUCCCCCCUCGGCCACCUCUUCCAAGGGCAUUCCUUUCCAUCUUGAAGGCCACGAUGGCAGACUCUCCAAGCGCUCCCUCAAACCCCUGGAAUCACCCACCAUUGUUCCUCCCAAGGCUGCCGAGAAGCCCGUCGAAAACACCACCGCGACCUCGUCGAGCGUCUACAGCGCCGACAUGACUGAGCGCUUGAAAGCUGCCUUUGCUCUCAAGCCCGAAGCCAGCUCCAACUCCCUGACCCUGAUCCCCAUUGCCGACGUCCCCGCCAGCGCGAUCGACCGCGAGAGCACCGAGUUGGCCCGCAAAGCCACCAUCACUUCCCAGCGAAGCAGCAAUUCUUCCCGCAGAUCCCGCCAGUCCAUGUCCAGCUGCAAGUCCUCAGAGGACGAGUCUCCUCUCUCCCAGGUAAACCUCCGCGUCGGCUCCAUGACGGUCUCCAAAUGGCUCUCCUUUGGGCACGUCCUCUUCUCCCCAGCGCGUGACCAGCUCGUCCCCGUCGUCGGCUCCCUCAAGCGUCACUCCAUUCUUGUUGUUGACGGUCUCGGCAACGACGACUGGUCGUUUUACGCAGCAGAGACGUACCCAGCCGCAACCUUUUUUAACCUGUCUCCGCGGGCGCCUCUCCCCAACGAACACAAAAACUCCUCCAGCUUCCCCCUGAGCCCGCCCAACCACCACCAGAUCCAGUACCUUUCUCACACCGCCAAGUUCCCCUUCGGCCCCGAGUCCUUCACCUCGGUCGUCUUCCGCUUCCCCACCGCCGCCCCGGAGUCCCACUACCGCAACAUCAUCUCCGAGGCCCGCCGCGUUCUCAAGCCGGGCGGCUACAUUGAGCUCUCGAUCCUCGACGUCGACCUCAACAACAUGGGCAACCGCGGACGCCGCACCAUCCGCCGGCUCAAGGAGCGCAUCCACGAGCGCAACCCCGAGAUCAACAUCAGCUCCAGCUCUGACCUGAUCCUCCGCCUCCUCGGCCGCAAGGGCUUCACCGACGUCAAGACCUGCCGCGUCGGCGUGCCCGUGGCGAGCGUCGUGCCUCGGACCGAAGGCGGCAGCAAGCCCCCGGUGACCCGCAAGGCCAAGGAAGUCCGCAGCCUGGCCGAGAUGAUGAACGACGACGGCGACUCGGCGGACGAGAACAUUACCAAGAUGGUCGCCAAGGUCGGGCGGUGGUGGUACAGCCGCUGCUACGAGAGCGCCGCGGGGACCGCCGUCAGCCGCAGCAUCUGGGGCGAUCGUGCCCUGCUUGCGGAGUGCGAAGAGUGGCGGACCAGCUUCAAGCUCAUGGUCUGCUACGCACGAGUCCCGGAGAGGGCUCGCACUGCGAGCAUCUAA